UGGUUCGGAUAUGUUCUGUCGGGUAAGAAAUAAAAUUUCUUCGGACAUCUGCUAUGUCUGAGUUGAAUAUAAAAAGAUUUAGGAUUCUGCGGCGCGUCUAGUGAAGUACAAUUUCUCGAUCGCGUCGUUCAAAACUCUUUCAUCAUGCUUAAGUUAUUUUUUCUUCUGCAGUUAAUGUGCCUGUUCGUGUUGUUCUCAACAAUUGCAUCCGCGCCCACUUUCUCUCUGAUCCAGAAAAAGAUGGAUUUGAUAUCAGGAUUAUUCAAUAAAUCACCACCGCAACAAUUGCUCGGUCCCCCCAUGAUGUACGGUCCACCGCCACCACCCCCGCCGCCAGUUUAUUACGCUGAACCAGUUUAUGGACCUCCGCCACCGCCGAUUGUUCACGAUGAAGCAGUGUUUGUACCCUCUUCUGGACCAGCCCCUGCCCCAGCUCCGAUUGAGAUGAAAUUCAUACCACGCGGCGUCGAAAUUGUCAAACGAAUUCAGUUUACUUGAAUUCCCAGCAGUACCAAAACGCAUCUAAAUAAUUUAUUAUAGGUAAUUAUAAAUAGGAGAAAUCUUGCCGAAUUCAUUUUCAAAUCCAGCGGAUUUUAUUAUUGUGAGUUAACAUUAUGUUGUUGAUUGGUUUUGACUGAAUUGAGUGUUUCAUAGAUUAUAAAACUAUAAGCAUGUAUGCAAGAUUCCAAAUAAAGUGCU